GACAACGAGUAUGACUACAUCAUGGAGAAAGCGCUCGCGGCCUACAGACGGCACUGUCAGAAAGACGUCCCCGGGGAGUCGCUAAAACUCGACGACAUUUCCCAACACUCUGAACACACACCGCAGGUCACUCCACGGCCCUUCCACCUCUCUCUAGCCAGAGUCUCCGAGAUCAAUCCCCAACAACGGAAAGAUCCCCGACAACGACCGUGGACUGCCCUGCCAAAUAAGUUUGAUGCCGUCAGAAUGGUAGCCGCCGCCAACAUGGCCGAGCCUUCAAGCAAGCCAAGACAAAUAUUACACGUAAAAACAUUACAGAUGGGGGAAAGUGAAGUGGCGAAUUCCGGAAUAUUUCACCGAAAUCAUCCCCGAGAUAUCAGGAAAUACCAAUCGACAACAGCUUUAACUAGCAAACCGUCAGCAACAUUGAAUGCAAAGACUAACGGCAAUGUGUUGUUGUCUUCACUUUCGGAAAAACUGUUUUAUUCCACGUCACACCAAAAGCGUAACAAUAAGCGAGAAGCGUGGACGCAGUCUGGACGAACGCCUAGUACCAGUCGAUAUACCAGACCUAAUUUGCAUAGUGCUUAUUUAGUGGUCCAUCCCGACUGGCUGUCUCAAUCGAUGCAUAUUCAAAAGUUGUCUUUGACUACACGGCCAUUCAUGAACAAUACGUGCUUUGAAGACUCAUCUUUUGUUCCUAGACGCUGCAAAAGUGCACCACCGACUAAACAUUGAUGUACAAAUGCACAUUCUGUUUUUUCAAUGUAGUACUUAGAACCACGUUAUGUUAUGCUACCCACUGAAAAUUAGCUAAUGUCAUUGGCACUAGCGUGCGACAGUUAUUCCAAGAAAUAUUGGAAAUAUAGGAUAUUCGUGUUCGAUGUUGCAAACAAUGAGAGAAUAGUUCUUGCAUGAUCAAAUUAAUUUAAUUAAAAUUAAAAUUAAAAUUAAAAAUUAAAUUAAAUUAAAUUAAAUUUAAAAUUAAAAUUAAAAUUAAAAUUUAAAAACACUGACCUCAGUUAUUAAUCAGUGAAGAUUUUUGCUAAUACAGUUACAACAUUUUGUUUUGAUUAUUAAUUUGAGCAAAUUAAGUGUUUCUGAGCAUCCUCAGACACAUUGGGGCAAUUUUUGUUUUAACGACAUCACUAGAGCACAUUGAUUUAUUAAUCAUCGGCUAUUGGAUGUCAAUUCUGACAUAUAUGUCCCCGUUACAUUUUUUCCAUUAUCAAAGACCGUGGUAUGUACUAUAUCGUGUCUGUGGGAUGGUACGCUUAAAAUACCCCUCGUUAAUGAUGGAAAAAUGUAGCGGGUCUCUUCUCUAAGACAAUAUGUCAAAAUUGUCAAAUGUUUGACAUCCAAUAGCCGAUGAUUAAUCAAUCAAUGUGCUCUAGUGUUGUCGUUAAACAAAACAAACUUCAAAGGUUUUUUAUUAUUAUUCUUUUUAUUUAUACGGAACUAUUUCCUUAACGGCGGUGUAGUGCCAAAUAGCACGUACUAUGGAACCGAAGGUAUGUGAGUUCUAAACACUGAUAUAUUGUAGACCUCUUAAUAACCAACCAAACUGGUGAGUCGUGACAUAUAUCCGUACUGAACAGAUGUACUGUGUAUAUAAUUACGUCUUAAGAAGGUUUUAUUGUAUGUCUGUGUCGUAUAAUCAAAUGUAUAGUAAUAGCUUCGGUGCGUUAUUUUCCCAUCAUGCUUUGGUAUAAACAGUAGCUAUAUUGGUGAAUUCCGUGGUCUCCGGUCAAGCACGAUUCGAUGUCUGCAAGAUCAAUCGGUAAAUGUUUGCAAAACGGAAUUCUGAAUAUGGUAAAUUAUUCUGAGCGGAACUCUCACUAUGGUUUAUAUAAAUUCUGAACGUCUUUAGCUGGAAAAAGGAACAGAAAUGGGUGUUUUGAAACAGCAGAACUUGAAGAUUAUAAAAGUAGAUUAUGAUGAUUGAAAUCAAUUAGAAUUUGUCGAUUUUAUUGUUUCAUUACUUCGUUAAGUGAUAUGACUCAAGUUAUUUUGUUGUGAAUUUCUGCAAAUUACUUGACGUUGGUUGUUUAAAAUGUUUAUUUCUGGUU